AUGGCCUCUACGCAGGCUGAGCCCCCGGCAAAGCCAAUGAGCGAGAAGCAGCGCCUGAAGCUGGAGAAAUUCGCUAAGAAGAAGGAGAAGCUCGCCCAGGAAGCCCUGCUCAAAGAGCAACAGGGCACAAGCGCAUCCAAGGCGAAGAAGGCCAAGGAGCAGCAAACUCCCGCGGUUCAGUCGAAAGAUUGGAUUGACAAAACGCCAGCUGGACAGAGAAAGAUCUUGAAAUCGUUGGACGACGACUUCACCAAGGCUUACUUGCCCGCUGUUGUUGAGUCUGCCUGGUACAGCUACUGGGAGGACCAGGGACUGUUCAAGCCGCGGACGGAGGAGGAUGGGAGUAUCAAGCCAAAGGGCAAAUAUGUCAUUGCCAUCCCACCACCCAAUGUGACUGGCAAACUCCACAUUGGACACGCCCUGGCGCUGUCGCUAGAGGACACCCUGACCAGAUGGCAUCGCAUGCGACAGUUCUCGACGCUCUACAUCCCUGGCUGUGACCAUGCCGGUAUUGCUACCCAGGCGGUCGUCGAGAAACAGCUGGCCAGAAACCCGAUAAACGGCAAGUCUAAGCGGCAAGACUUUACUCGCGCUGAAUUCGUGCAGUUGUGCCAGGACUGGAAGGAGGAUUACCAUACAGCCAUCAACAAGACCGUGCGCAAACUCGGUGUCUCGGUCGACUGGUCGCGGGAAGCCUUCACCAUGAGUCCGGAGUUGUCCAAAGCGGUUACCGAGACCUUUGUGCGACUGCACUCCGAAGGGCUCAUCUAUCGGGCGAACAGGCUGGUGCAUUGGUCGUGUCGUCUCUCCACCGCUUUAUCCACGCUGGAAGUCGACCAGAAGGAGCUCGAGGGGACCACAAAGCUCGACGUGCCAGGCUACGAGAGGAAGAUUGAAUUCGGAACUCUCACGUAUUUCAAAUACCAGGUCGAGGGCUCUGACCAGACAAUCGAGAUUGCCACCACGCGUCCAGAGACAAUGCUGGGUGAUACCGGCAUUGCCGUCCAUCCCCAGGAUGAACGAUACAAGGAUUUCGUGGGCAAGACCGUCCAACACCCGAUCAUCCCUGGUAGAAAGUUGCGGAUCGUGGCCGACGAAUAUGUUGACAGGGAGUUUGGUACUGGUGCUGUCAAGCUCACUCCUGCGCACGAUCAUAACGAUUUCAACCUUGGCAAGAAGCACGGCCUGCCAUUCAUCAACAUUCUCAAUGAGGACGGCACUCUGAAUAGCAAUGCGGGUCCCUAUGCCGGAGAGAAGAGAUUCAAUGCACGAUACGGCAUCAUCGAGGAACUUAAGAAGCUGGGCCUUUACACGAGACAAGAGUCAAACAAGAUGGUUGUUCCUAUUUGCAGUCGAUCAGGGGAUAUCGUAGAACCCCUUCUAAAACCCCAAUGGUGGAUGAAAAUGGAACCCCUGACGAAACCUGCCAUUGAGGUCGUCGAAACGGGCGAGCUCGUUAUCCGACCAGAGGUGCAGAAGCGACAGUACCUGCAAUGGAUGCGCAACCUCCAAGACUGGUGCCUGUCGAGACAACUGUGGUGGGGACAUCAGAUCCCAGCGUACUUCGUCAGCAUCGAGGGUGAAGACGGUGGCGAAGACGCCGAUGACAAGUACUGGGUAUGUGGCCGAACAGAAAGUGAAGCCCGGGAAAAGGCAGAACAGAAGUUCCCCGGCAGGAAAAUCACCCUCAGACAAGACGAAGACGUCUUGGAUACCUGGUUCAGCUCUGGGCUUUGGCCGUUUAGUACCCUCGGAUGGCCAGAGAAGACGGCGGAUCUGGAAAAGUACUUUCCUACCACGACCCUGGAGACAGGCUGGGAUAUUCUACCGUUCUGGGUCAGCCGCAUGAUCAUCUUCUCUCUCAAACUCACCGGAAAGGUACCCUUUACUGAGGUCUACUGCCACGGCCUGAUUCGUGAUAGCGAAGGCCGAAAGAUGUCCAAAUCACUGGGCAACGUUGUCGACCCCGUUGACAUUGUCGACGGAAUCAGCCUGGACGGUCUGCAUCAACAGCUGCUGCAGGGUAACCUAGCCCCAGGCGAGGUCAAGACUGCUGAGAAGUACCAAAAGAAGGCUUUCCCCCAGGGCAUUCCUGAGAUCGGGGCUGAUGCCUUGCGCUUCUCCCUCGUGAACUACACCCAGGCCUCUGGUGGCGACAUCAACUUUGAUAUCAAGACGAUGCACGGCUACCGAAAGUUCUGCAACAAGAUCUACCAGGCUACGAAGUAUGUUCUUGGGCGGCUUGGUGAGGAUUUCGUUCCUCGCGAGAGCAGUGCCCUGACAGGAAAGGAGAGUCUGCCCGAGCGAUGGAUCUUGACGAAGCUGAACACAGCCGCAAAGGAGAUCAACAUCGCCCUGGAGGAGCGGGAAUUCGCCCGGUCCACCCAGAUCAGCUACCGGUUCCUGUACGAUGAGCUGUUUGAUGUCUACAUCGAGAACUCAAAGACUAUCAUCUCCGACGGCACCCCCGAGGAAUCCCGUUCUGCCCAAGACACACUCUAUACCGCGCUCGAGACCGGUUUGCGCAUGGUAGCUCCGUUCAUGCCCUUCCUGACCGAAGAGCUCUGGCAACGUCUCCCACGCAGACCCAACGACAGCACAUCCUCAAUCACUGUUGCAAAUUACCCAGAGUACGAAUCGUCCUUCGAUGACCCGAAAUCAGAGGCCACCUAUGAGCUUAUCCUGGGCUGCUCAAAGGGCGUCCGUUCCCUCUUAGCCGACUACGCUGUGAAGGAUAAAGGCGUUGCCUAUAUCACGCCUCUGAACCAGGACUCGCACGACACCAUCUCAGCCCAGCUCCUCACAAUCAAGUCCCUCAGCGGAAAAACACCAGUGGAUAUCAAGAUCCUCAACUUUGGCGAAACAAGCCCUACCGGCUGCGCGGUCUUCCCUGUUUCCGCUGCUGCGAAUGUCUACCUUGAAGUCAAGAACCGCAUCAAGGAUGCCUCGAAGGAGGUUGCGAAGUUCAAGGCCAAGUUGGCUGAGGCGCAACGAGACCAGGAAGAUAUUGAAGGGAUCACGGCAGAGCUGCACAAGGUCCAGGAUAAGGAUGUGACUGAGGCUCUGCGAUCAGCCGAACGCCGGAAGCACGAUGUCGGUGCUACGCUGCGGGCACUGGAAGAGACUGUCGCGAUGUUUGAGAAGAUGGCUGUUUAUAUUAUGCAUGGAACUAAGUAG